ACUUUGGUCCCUUUGCUCCACUCCCUCUCUCUUUACUCCUACACAGCUCUGUCACUCACUCACUCACUCAUACCAGCUCUCCCUGGGCACCAUCUCCACCAUCGGAGAUCCUCAUCGAGUCUGCGUUUUGCCAGGUGGACGCACUCCCCGCAGUCACCAUUUCCACCCCGGAGAGUUCCACGCUGGCAGCGCAGCCCCUUCCCCGGCUGAGCAUCGGGCGGAAGACCCUGGUGGCAGCUGCUGUGGGGGUCAUGCUGGUCCUGGUCCUGGUGGUCCUCAUCCCUGUGCUGGUCAGCUCCGUUGGCACAGGCGGCUCGGACGACAGCGGGAGUCACUUUGAGAUGCUGGGUACCUGCCGCAUGGUUUGUGACCCCUUCCCCAGCACCGGCACCAUGGGGGCAGGUGUGCACGCCGGCACCGAUACUGCAACUACAGGCCUGCAGGUGGACAACGACUCAGAUCUGAGUGAUCACAGCAUCGGCCCACCACUGCCCACCUACAGUGCUCACGGCCCACAAGGCAAGCCAGGACGUCCCGGAAAGCCUGGACCCCCGGGACCACCUGGAGAGCCCGGCCCACCGGGACCUAAGGGACCACCUGGAGACGGUGUGGACAUCGUACGGACGGGGAUUCUAGGUUUAGGGGGCAAAGGGGCAGUCAGCACAACCACUUACAACACCACUCCUCGGGUGGCGUUUUACGCAGGACUACGAAACCCUCAAGAAGGUUACGAUAUACUACGUUUUGAUGACGUGGUGACUAAUAUCGGUGGUAACUAUGAGGGCGCGACGGGCAAGUUCACCUGUAAGAUCCCUGGCACCUACUUUUUCAUCUACAAUGUGCUGAUGAGGGGAGGAGAUGGAACCAGCAUGUGGGCUGAUCUGAUAAAAAAUGGUCUGGUCAGGGCAAGCGCCAUCGCCCAAGACCAGGACCAGAGUUAUGACUACGCCAGCAACAGUGUCAUACUUCAUUUGGAUGCAGGCGAUGAGGUUUUCAUAAAAUUGGACGGGGGCAAAGCUCACGGAGGCAACAGCAACAAAUACAGCACCUUCUCAGGGUUCAUCCUCUAUGCUGACUGAAGACUGGACAGGACAUGGGCUCAGAGGUGAAGAGGUCCCGGCCAGCAGACGUUCACUUCCUGACUUUCACUUGGCUCUUGCAGCGAGGUUUAAGUUGCCCACAGCCACUGAUCCACAGUCACACUGUUCCACCGAAGCUUAAGAUCCGCAUAUUACGGUGACUGAGACUGUGGAUUUGUGGUUAUCGGUAACUGUCUACCUCCUCAUCCAUACAUUCCACUGUAUGCAGGGUGCCUAUGCUGCUAUUCUGAUGGACACACACAACGUCACAGCGUCACUCACUGCCAUGUGUCAUGCUGAGACGAAGUAACAAUUCUGACAGUGCAAAAGCCUCACCAUCGUUUUUUUGAGCUGUCAUUUCUAAUUUAAGUCCGGAAAUCCCGACUGCAGUGUUUGUAAAUGUGCUGUUGAGAUUUAUGUUGAGAUGUUUUUUUUCUCAUGCUGUUUUGUAUGAUGUUGUGCAUCAGUGACUGAGGAAUUAUAUUUUGUCACAAGAAAUGCUAAUUGUCGAAGACUGGAUGCCAAAAUGAGAUUAUGAUGUCUGAAUGGCAGAUGUUGUCACAAAAUGUAAUGUGCCUCAGUUUGGAAAAUCAUGUCCUAUCAGCCUAUUAUAUUUGGCAUAUUGUUAGUGUAUAAACUGUAAAUUUGAUAUUGAAUCUUGAUGUCAGAACAAAGUCAGAGUGGUGUCAGCACUACACACACUGUACAUCCUAUUGUGUGUCCAUUAAGAUAAUAUAAUUGUUGAAAGGUAGUUGUACAAUUCCAUCAUGUAAUGGUUAAUGUGCUCAUUUGUAAAGAUUUAUUUAAUUCAUGCAUGCAACACCUGUUGAAAUGUUGUGUGUGUUUCCACAAAUGAUAAAUAGUGAUUUUAAACAAAGGUUAAAAAGCUACUUGUGGGCUUAGGGAGCAUUUAUUGCUGUUGCUUUUACUUUUAAUGUCCAUGAUUUUUCAUUAAAAACUAUUUUUUUUGCAUUUCCUCA